AUGGACUUCUCAUCAAAUGUGACCUCCUACGUCUCGACCGUAGUCGUGAUUGGGUCUACCUACCUGCUGGGGCUGGCUGUAUAUAGACUCUUUUUCCACCCAUUAGCGAAAUUCCCUGGUCCGAAAUAUGCUGCGCUCAGUAGAUGGCAUGAGUUCUAUUAUGAGGUAGUGAAAAAAGGACAGUUCAUGUUCAUCAUCGACGAGUAUCAUAAGAAAUACGGACCCAUCGUUCGCAUAGUCCCCGAUGAACUCCAUAUCAAGGACUCUCAGUUCUACGACACUCUCUACACAAAGGCUGGCCGCGUCGACAAAUAUGAAUGGAUGGCCAACCGUUUCAGCAACGACCAGUCGGUCCUCGCUACACCGACAGCUGAUCUCCACCUCAAGCGCCGUGGAGCUCUUAACCCGCUCUUCUCUAGAGCACGCAUCAUCUCCUUUGAAAGCGUCGUUCGCGAAAAGACCAAUCUCCUCAUACAACGGAUUCGUGGCUAUAAGGACAGCGGCAAGCCGUUCUCAUUAAGUGCAGGUUUCAUGGCCCUCGCAGGCGACGUGAUUAUGCAAUACUGCUUCUCGCUGAAUUAUGACCACCUGAACUCUGAGGACUUCAAAACCACUUUCCAUGAGCCCUUCAUGGCCAUGAGCAUCACCAGUCAUCUCUCACUCCAGUUUCCCAUCGUUCCAAAGAUCCUGUUCGCCAUGCCAGAAUCGUGGUUGGCGAAGACUGAGCCGCUGUUCUCCCUCAUGUUCCGGCUUCAAAAAGAUUUGCGCAAACAAAUUGUCGCAUUGAAGGAAGGCGAGAACGAAGAAGUCGCCAAGUCUCCCCUGCCCACUGUCUUCCACGAGCUUCUCAACAACCCGAACCUGCCUCCAGAUCAGAAAGAGACAGCACGUCUUCAAGACGAGGCCCAGCUCGUCGUCGGCGCUGGGAUCACCACAGUCGGGUGGGCCUUGUCCGUCGGGGCCUUUCACAUAAUCAAUCAACCUCUCGUCUUCACCCGCCUACGCCAGGAACUGGAGGAAGCGAUCCCCGAUCCGAGUAAUCCACCCACCUGGGUCGAGCUCGAAAAGCUGCCAUACCUUACCGGCUGUAUACGAGAAGGCAUCCGGCUCUCUUACCCCGUAACAUCCAGGAACCCGCGACUGCUAUCCAAGCCCCUAGUUUAUAAGGACUGGGUAAUCCCACCCCGCACGCCCGUGUCGAUGACAAUCGUCGACGUCAACAACGACGAGGACAUCUUCCCCGAACAUGACAAGUUCAAGCCGGAGCGGUGGAUCAACCCACCCCCGACCAAGGACGGCUCCGAUCUAGAGCGCUAUUUCAUUUGCUUCCAGAAAGGUUCACGAUCGUGCGUCGGCAUCAAGAAAACCCAAACCAGCCUUGGCUAUGCAGAGCUCUACCUCGCCCUCGCCGGGGUGUUCCGAAACUUCCACUUCAAGCUGCAUGAGACAGACGAGUCCGAUGUGACGCUCGCCCACGAUUUUUUCUUGCCCUCACCCAAGCUCGAUUCCAAGGGUGUGAGGCGUUGGAAGCUCGUAGUAGGGGUCAAGCGUGGAUUCUCCUUUAGGCUGGUUUCCGUCCGCAAACAAAGUGCCACUUCAAAUAUAGAUGCAGGCGUGGCAGAUGGGGACCGUGCGGACGUCCUCCCUCACGUCGACGAAGCCGGCAUCGACCAAUUACUGGCGGUGCAGGUGGGCGAGGUUCAGCGUCUUGCCGACCAAGGUGCUGCUGGCGCGGUCGACGUCGCGGAUCCACUCCUGGCACCAGGUGGCGCGGUCGAUGAUGUCGUCGUCGCUGUUGAGCCAGCACUCGUGCUCCUGCAUCCCCAUCCAGCCAGGUUUAAAGUGAAACUUGCCAAAAAGUAUAGAGAUUUCUGGAUCUUCUUUAUGUUAAGAUUUUCGCAAUUGAUAGCGCUGAGUUGGUAG